AUGUCUAUACCUAAUCCAGACAUUAUGACCACUCCCAAUUCAUACAAUUAUUCAUCACGAAGAAAUUCCUUAACUUCAAUAUCAACUGUUAAUACUACUUUAACAAGUACUGGUAAUACAUCUUCAAAUUCAGUAAGAGAUUUAUCAACUGAUAAUUUGUUGGGUCUUGAUAAUAAAUUUAGGAAAAAACAAAUAAAAAGAGUUCCAAAUGGUAUAAAAUCUCCAGCAUCGGCUUCAAGUCAACAACAACAACAGAAAUUGCCCAAACAAUUGAUUAUUCCUCAACAAUCACCUCAAGGUCCAAAUUCGGCUCAAUCCCCUGAUUCUAAUACAACUUAUUAUUUCCCAAAUGGUGAAAUUUUCAGGCCGAGAACAGCUCCUCUUAAGAGAAAUAGACCUCAAAAAAUAAAUCAUCAUCAUAAUCAACCCCCUCCACCGCCACACCAUCAACUGCAUAGUCAUCAAUAUCAACAGUAUCCAUCACAUCACCAUCCUGCUGCCCAUAAUCAACAGCAGCAUCAUUAUCAGGUUCCUCCAGUUCAACAACAACAGCAAUAUUAUCACCCCCCUCCUCAACAUUAUAAUCCUCAUUAUAAUCAUUACCCCCCUCAAUCUCAUUACACUUAUAAUCAACAACAACAGCUUCAACCUGCUUUAUCAGUGCCUAGCUCCAGAAGUAACUCUAUAACUUCUUCAGCUCCUCCUGUAUUUCAUCAUUUACCUCCUCAUUUACAAAAUCAAGUGUUGCAUUUACAACAACAACAACCUCCUGCCAUAUCAAGUACUGAUUCACCAUCAUCAAUACCAUCAUCUUCCAAUUCUUCUUUAAGUACUGAAUCAAUUCAAAAGAUCAAUUCGUUGACUUCAUUAAAUAAUUCAUCGUCAACUACAAUAACUUCUACUUCAACCAAUAAUGGUAGUCCAUCCACUAUUCCUUAUAAUUACCCUAAAAAACUUCCAAAUCCAAUGGUUAAGAAUAAUAAUUUAAGGUCUCCUCAAUCUGGGUCCAAUGGAGCUCCACCACCAGGAUCAGUUACACCCGUGAAUGAUAUGGCAAACUUUAAUAAAUACAAUAGAUCAAGUUCAAUAACGUCAAUUUCUUCAGUUCAAAGACAACAAUUAUUACAAUCUCAACCAGCAGUGACGAUUCAUUCUCCUCAACAUACUUCUCAAUCAUAUCCUAAUUUGUCACAAUUCCAACCUUAUCAUUCUUAUACGAACUUGGCAUCGAAUCAACAAGGUAAUUCAUCUUCAUCUUCAUCAAGUUCUUCACCUUCUCAGAGACUAGUGUUACAAUCUAAUAAUUUAUUAAGAACAGCUUCCCCUCAAUUUUCCACAAACUCAUUAUCAAAUCCAUCAAGCACAAGUAAUUCAAUUAAAAAUAAUUCUCUGGUAGAAAAUAUUGAACAACAACAACACAAAUCAUUAACUAUAACUCCAAUUAACGAAACUGGAUCCAAGGAAAGAUUGUUGAAAACUGCCUCGAAUUAUUCAACAAGUUCUCACAGUUAUAAUUCUUCAACUAGCAGUAGCAACAGUAUGAAUAAUACUAAUGUUGGCGGAAGUGAUAAUGAAAUUCAGAAUAAUGGAAACGAGACUAUUAACAAUAACAACCAGUUACAUCGUAGAAGUUCAACUAGCACACCAACUACUUCUAUAAGUAAUGAUGAAAAGGAAAUAUUUGAACAAGAUGACGACAAAGACGUUAUUGAAGAAAAGAAGCCUGAAGUUGAAAAAGUCAAUGACGUUGUGUCGCCAAUUCAAGAAGCUGUUGUCAUACCUGAAGAAGUUGAAGAAAUUCCAGAAGCUACUGAAGUAUUGUCAUCUCCUGCUGUUAUAAACGAGUCUCCAGAAGAGCUCGAUGAGAAAGAAGCAAAAGUGGAAGAAGCAAAACAACCAGUACAAGAAAUUCAAGAAGUUGAACAAGUUGAAACUGAACCAGAAGUUAUCAAGGAAGCUAUAAAACCGCCAUUAUUAAAGUCUGUAAGUUCAAGUGAAGAUGAAGAUAAUGAUGAUAUAUUCAAAACUCCAAGAAAUUCAAUCUUAUUCUCCAACGACAAUAAUAAAUUGGUCAAUAAUGAAUCUAAAACUAGCAUUGAGAAUUAUGAAAAUAUGAAAUGGGAAGAUCCACAAGGUUCAAGUAAUUUAACUAACGAGACUCUCAAAGACGAAGAAAACGAUAAAAUCCAAACUGAAAGCGAGGAACAUCAACCGUCUACUAUUGAGAUUGCUCCACCUAACACUGUUGAAAGUUCAUUACCUGAUCCUGAUAUUGAAAACUCUCCACCAUUUGAUAUCAUUGACGACUAUACUGUUCUCGAUGUGGAUGAAGAACCAGAACAAAUAGAACUUGAGAGUGCCGAAGAAAACGACAAAUCUAUUGUUUUAGAAGAUCAUUUGAAUUUGGCAAGUCCAGUUCGUAUCAAUUCAGUCGACAACACUCUUGAUCUUAUUGAAGAUGAACCACCAUUGGAAAGAUCCAGUUUAACUUCAGAAGAAGAUUCAACUUCCUCUGAUGCUUAUUCAUUUGAAGGUCCUGAAAAUUUAGUUUUGAGAACAGUUGAUAAUCAUGAAAAUAAUAUCAGUGCACCAAAGGAAGCAAUUGAAGAAAUGCCAUCACCUUCUGAGUCAAUCAUGGUCAGUGAAGAACGUCAACCUGCCGAUGAACCAGUUGUUAUUCGUGAACGUAAAGAAUCUUUACCUCAAGCUCCUAUUGUCAAGAAGAAAUCUAUGUUAGAUGUAUUGGAUGAAGAGGUCAAAACUACUACUCCAAUAGUUAAGACAAAAACAACUACAGCUACUACAACGGCCACAGCAAGUCCUCAAAAAUCUUUGAAGUCAAGAACUAAAUCAUUACCUGAAUUGCAUCCAGAAGCAUCCUCAAGUAGUAGUUAUAAAUCUCAAUCAAAUGGUAACUUGAAAUCAUUAUGGAAGAAAAUGUUAGUCCCACCAAAACUACCAAAUAAAAGUGAAAUGUUGAAGAAUAGCUUUAAUAAAAAUAGCAGUGAGGUUUCAUUAAGUUCAAAUUCAACUGCUGCUGCCUCUUUUUCAACUGUCACUUCAAAUGCCACAUCUAAGUUCAAAAAAUCAUUCUCGGUAGCCAACUUGAAGAAAGCUAACCCAAUGAAAGGUAUGAAUAUUCAGAAGGCAUACUCACAACCAGUUGUCAAACCAGUUGCUAAGCCUUUGCCUUUUCCACCACCAGUUCCAGAAAAACCAUUGCCAGUUUAUGAUUUAACGCUACCUAGCAUUGAACAUGAUACUGAUGAUUUAUUUGAUGAUGUUAUGUUAACAUUUGAUGAAAGGUUAGAUGGUGUUCAAGAUAGUAUUCUUACUGAAAAUGGAUUGGAGAGUUUGGUUAAACCUGUUUUCCCUGCUGGAGGUUUAAGACCUUCAAAGAGUAGUAGUGAUUCAGUAAUUAAUGAACCAUUUUUAAAAGAUGAUGAAUUAACUUCAGCUCAAAUCAAAGAUGCUCAAAUUAAAGAUAACUCUGGAAAUACCAAAGGCGGUUCUAAUGCUAAUGGCAAUAGAAACUCAUCGAUCGAUGAUCUUUAUAUUGAUGAUAAUAUUAGAUUCUUACAAUCUGAAUUCAAUUGGUCUAAUCUUGAUGAUUCAGUCAAUAAGGAGAAUAAUUCUUCUGGAAAUGAAGUGGAAGAAGAUGACAAUGUGUCAGAAGAAUUUAAGAACACUAUGACUACAUCCGACGAUGAAGCUAAUAGUUCUCCCCCUCCUUCUGAUAGAAAUGAGAGAGAAACCAUAGUGAUCAAUAACGAACAAUUAUACACCAUCUUUCAUAAUUUAACUGACUUUCAAAAGAGAAACUUACCACCUCAUUUGAAAUACAUUAAACAAUUUAAAGAUUUCCAAUUUGUUGAAAUCAAUUUGAGUAAAUUUGAAGAAAUUCCACUGAUUCAUACUGAAGAUAGCGAAAAGCGUAAAUCAUUGCCAAUUCUUAAGAGAAGAAAUAAUUUACCACAAUUCAAUGUCGAUGAUAAUAACUCAAACAAGAAGAAGGUUUUAUUUUCUCAUAAAAUUGAAAUCAAUGAGACUUAUGCUCCUGACUGUUACAAGAGAUAUAAUAAAGCAGUUACUCAAUAUACUUUAACUGAGCAUUCUGAGAUUUCAAAGAUCAAAAAUGAGUUAAACUAUUAUAAAUGUAAUGAAAUGUUGGUACAUGAAAAAUCUCAAACUAAUACUCAUUUCUUUUACUUAUGA